AUGAGAUUUCGAAUAAUAAAAGUGCAGAGAAAAAUCAGUGUCAUAUUCAUUCUAAUUACUCUACUAAUUCUACGCCAAAUUUUCUCAAUAUUGCUGCGAAACUACUAUGAUAGGUAAGUGAAUUUUAAUUUUAUUCAUCUAAAAAUUAUAUUUUUUGUGUAGUGAUUCGGAAACUUUCCAAUGUUAUAUCGAUAAAUGGAAUCGCAAAAAUACAUAUGAAAUUCCAAACUCAGAAUUUCAUGAAAAAUGGGCUCAGGAGAAUUUGACAUAUGCAAGAAUGGAUAAUAUAUUUGGAGCACAACUUCGAUUAGUCAAUUCAUUUGUUUAUGAAGAUUAUAUUGCAGUUACAACAACAGUUCAACAUUCUGAAUAGUUAGUUUAUCAAUUGUAUUCUUUUUUAUCCAUAAUUUGUAGCGAUAAUAUAACUUGUGUAUAUUUUGAUUGUAAUCGAGAAGAAAUUCCAAAUUCUCGAUUUUUAUCCAAAUAUCUUCCUUAUAAUAUUGUUUUUUGUCCGCGAAGAUAUGGAGCAAAAUAUAUAUCAUUGGAUUUAGAAGAUGGAAAUUCUGAAAUGCCCGAGCCAAUUCCAAUGAUUUAUCGAAUUUAUAAAAAACCAGUUCAUGAAGUUUCAGUUUGUGUUGGUCCAAUUUAUGGAAAUGAAUCAAAAUGGUUAGGAAUUGCUGAAUAUAUUGAACAUUAUAAACUUAUUGGAGUCAAACAUUUUUAUUUCACAGUUUUUGAUAUAAAUGAAUAUGAUCGGAAAAUAUUGAAUGAUUAUAUUCGAUUAGGAGAAAUUGAAGUAACACAAUUGGAUACUGAAUAUAAAAAAGAAGAUUGGCAAUUUCAUAUGAUUCAAAUUAAUGUAAGUUGUCAAUAAAAAUAUAAAAAGGUUAUUCAAAUGAAAAUAUUUGUUUCAGGAAUGUCAUAUGCGUGCGAGAUUUCAUUCAAAAUGGGUUAUAAAUGUUGAUUUUGAUGAGAGACUCAUUCUUAAAAACAAUAAUACAAUUCAAGAUGUUUUGAAUUUUGACAAAACUGCAAUUGAGUUACGACUUGCUUUGGAACGAGUUUUGAAAAAUGAAAGUAUGCCAGAAAAAUAUAUCAGUAAUUUCCAAACAAUCCGAGAUAUGCAAUUCAUCAAACAUAAUCUAACUUCAAAAAUCAGUCAAUACAAUGAGAAAAUCAUUUAUCGACCUGAUAAAGCGGCACAUGUUUUUUAUCAUUAUGUCAUGCGAAGAUACACAGAUCAAGAAUAUAUGACGAAAAUCGACCCAGAGAUUGCAUAUCUUCGACAUUAUCGAACUGACGCAAAAGGAAUAAAUUCAGGAUGGGAAAAAGAAUAUGAUGAAUUCAGAGAAACUGCCUUAGAAGAAGAGUUUUCCAGAAAAUUAGUGAAAAAUAUAUUGAAACGGGUCGAAUAUGUUUAUAAUGAAAGACAAUUAUUUUGUGAUGAAAUUGCACCGAAAUAUUUUAAUACUUAUUCUAAAUUUUCCAAAGAUGUAUUCAACUGUGUUGAUAGACAAUAA